GCGGCGGACAAGGGAUCGAGUCCGGAGCACGCCCGCCCGGAUAUAAAUUUAUAUCGCACACAUCCCCCGUUCGCCAAUCUCGCGGCGGCCCUGCAAAGCUGCGAUCAGGAGGUGCAGAACAGCGGUGAAGGGUGGAAACCGAGAACACUAGGCAGAGGCACUAGCCGAGCCGAGCCGCGCCACCACGACCACGAGUCGACCGGCGAGUGGUUGGCGCAAGUUGUCAGGGGCGUUGCCGGAGCCGUGCGGCGGCCGGCGGCCGGGAGCGGGGCCGAUGGGGCGCUACGAGCUCGUCCGCAGCGACGACGCGCCUGCCGUCGCCGCGGAUCUGGAGGCCGGCACCGCCGCGCCGUGCGACGGCUACCCCAAGCGCCGCGUGUUCACGCCCUCUCCGUCUCCGUCUCCGGCGCCGGCGUCGACCCGGUACCGGCAGCGCCUCGUCUCGCUCGACGUGUUCCGCGGGAUCACCGUCCUGCUGAUGAUCAUCGUGGAUGACGCCGGGGCAUUCAUUCCGGCGAUGAACCACUCCCCCUGGGAUGGCGUAACGGUGGCCGACUUUGUCAUGCCUUUCUUCCUCUUCAUCGUCGGAGUCGCCCUGGCGCUCGCGUACAAGAGAGUUCCGGACAAGUUGGACGCUUCGAGAAAGGCAUUGCUCCGUGCGCUGAAGCUGUUUUGUCUUGGUCUUGUUCUACAAGGUGGAUUCUUUCAUGGUGUUCGCAGUCUAAGUUUCGGGGUUGAUCUUCAAGAAAUACGGCUGAUGGGUGUACUGCAGAGAAUUGCAAUAGCUUAUUUGCUGACCGCCCUCUGUGAGAUUUGGAUCAGAGGAGAUGAAGAUGUAGACUAUGGAUACGAUUUGCUCAAGCGAUACCGCUACCAACUGUUCGUAGGUGCAGUCGUGGCAAUCACAUACAUGUCCCUGUUGUACGGUACCUAUGUUCCUGACUGGGAGUACCAGACAUCAGCUCCUGGUUCCACAGAGAAGCAUCUCUUUGUGAAAUGUGGAGUAAGAGGUGACACCAGCCCAGGCUGCAAUGCGGUUGGCAUGAUCGACCGUAAAAUCCUGGGCAUCCAGCAUCUCUACGGCCGACCUGUUUAUGCACGAUCCAAGCAAUGCAGCAUCGACUCGCCACAAAAUGGGCCCCUUCCUUCUGAUGCACCCUCUUGGUGCCAGGCCCCUUUUGACCCUGAAGGGCUUCUUAGUUCCGUGAUGGCCAUCGUCACAUGCUUGAUUGGACUCCAAUACGGACACGUCAUAGUGCAUUUUCAGAAACACAGGGAGAGGAUGAUGAACUGGCUAAUCCCUUCCUUCAGCAUGCUGGUCCUAGCCUUCGCCAUGGACUUCUUUGGACUACACAUGAACAAGCCACUGUACACCCUGAGCUACACCUUAGGCACCGCCGGCGCGGCGGGGCUCCUCUUCUCCGGAAUCUACACGCUGGUCGACAUCUACGGGUACCGGCGGCCGACCGUCGCCAUGGAAUGGAUGGGGAUGCACGCGCUGAUGAUAUACGUCCUGAUCGCUUGCAACGUCCUGCCCAUAUUCAUCCACGGCUUCUACUGGAAGGAGCCCAAGAACAACCUGCUGAAGUUCAUCGGGAUUGGAGCGUGAGGCGAUGGACUGACGACGGUACACGAGUACGGAUAUUGUUUAGGAGUCUAUUUGGACAGAGAUAGAGAAGCGCGUGCGUUCAGCAGGCCAAGUUUUGCUACACGGCCAGUGCUGCAGCUGCAGCGCAUCAUUGUUGCUGCACAGAGCGCCUUUCUCUGUGAGCUCUUGUAUAUAUGAUAAAAAAGAGUGUUGCAUAUAAUGACGACACGAUUUGAAAGAAAAAAUAUAUACAUAAUACAGUAGUAUAGAGAUCUUACGUGAA